GCCUCCGGGGGCGCGAUGGCGGCGGAUCCGCGGCUCGAGUUGGAUGAGCGGUUGCGGGAGGCCUCGAGUAUCGGGGACCCGGAGUCGGUGCGACAGCUGCUGGGCCGCGGGGCUCGAGUGAACGGUCAAAACCCGGUGAAUGGCUGGACCUGUUUGCACUGGGCUUGCAAACGUGGUCAUAGCCAGAUUGUGUCCUGCUUGCUUGAUGCCGGGGCUGAUAAAGACAUCCUCACAAACAAAGGUGAAAGUGCAGCACAGCUUACAAUGAAACCGGAAAUCCGAGCAAUGUUAGGAGUUAAUGAGGAUUCGGAACCUGUGGUUAAUGGAGAAUCCCAGCUUACGUUCUUGCCCAACUACCUGGCAAAUCCCCCCUUCCCGUACAAGGAGAACCAGGAGGCCAACAGUACCCAGGCCCCAGCUACUGGCUCACCAACUGGUCCCAAACCAUCACUAACACAGCCAGCACAGAACGGGGCACCAGCAGGACCCCCAGCAACCUUCCAGCCGCUAUUUUUUACUGGAACCUUCCCUGUAAACGAACGAGAGCUAAUAUUGAAAGUUCGCAUUCAGAACCCUGCCAUCCGGGACAAUGACUUCAUCGAGGUGGACCUCGACCGAAGGGAACUCACCUACCAAGCACUCCUCUCAGUGAGCUGCCAGGAGCUCAAUGUCCAUCCUGAGCAAGUGGAAAAGAUCAGGAAACUGCCCAACACAUUGCUGCGAAAGGAUAAGGAAGUUGCGAGGCUUCAGAAUUUCCAGGAGUUGGAGUUUGUUUUACUGAAAAGCGACACGAACACAAGCUCCUCACCAGCUGCUCUAACUGAACGCCCUUGCUACAAUCAGGGAGCGGCAACACUGACCUACUGAAACUUCCUUCCGUGUCUCACUGUGAGCAACCAUCACUGGGAUUAUCCCACCCACACAGUGUAAACUGAAGACUGUUACUAUCUGUAAGGGAGGGCAAAUCUCAGUGUGGGCUGAAUGGCCUCCUCCUCCUCUGUGAUGUCUGUAAGGUUAAUUCCAAUGGUUACUCGAGAGUCGCUAACACUACUUUAAGCUCCCUCCCCUCAUAACAAAUGAAAACUAAUUCAAUAAAUACUCCCUCAUCCAAUCCUGCCGACCCCCCCUCUCCCCCAGUCUGGACUCUCUCAUCGCACCUGACAGUUCCAGUGAAGAUACCUGACUGCAGGAGCGCAGAGGGUGUCAGGAUCGAGACAGCAGGGAGGGUGUCAGCUGCUGAAUUCCCUGUUAUUUUGUAAACAGGAGAUUUGGUGUGCAGUGAUUUACAUCUUUGUUCAUUGGGAGGGGCCUCAGCAGGUUUUUGAAAUGGGCUGCCCUGGUUAACAGUUCCUUUGCAUGAAAACUGUGACCAUCUUGUCUGCUUAACCCCCAGUACCUCAGCCUAUCACCCCCAAGGUACCUGGGAUCCACACUGAGCAGCCUGCAGUCCCUGGGGUGGGGGUGUGAUCGCAGUGAGGGGGGCGGGGGGAGGUGGGCUGCAGGAUAGGAUUGUACAAGAGUCUGAUUUCAGACACAGAGUUCAAAAAGGCUGAGACCACGAGCGCACACUCACGUCCCAGCCUCUCUGGUUAGAGCAACCAUCCUUCAUUAUCAAAGCUUUCACCCACAUUAACCCCCACCACACCCCCCCACUCCGUGCUCAACCCCUACCAACCCCCACUCCCCGC